GGCGGCGCAAGAUGGCGGAGGAGGGCUCAGUGUGCAGCUUCGUCUUCAAGAAACGGGGCCUGGCGGCGGGGAGGGGUCGGCGGAAGCGGCCCAGCAGCGACCAGGAGCAGGAGAGCAGCGGCGAGGAGGGCAGCACGGUGGUGCGGAAGGAGCGGCGGCGGGAGACCCCCAACCCCAUGAUCCAGAAGACCAGGAGGUGCACGAAGGAGCGGCCCUCGUAUGCGCUGAGCAGCAGCGAUGAUGAUGAUCCGUCGAAGGAGAUCGGAGUCACGUACAAAUCAACAAGGUCGGCGAAACCUGUUGGCCCAGAAGACAUGGGGGCCACAGCAGUGUAUGAACUGGACACAGAGAAGGAUAAAGAUGCCCAGGCCAUCUUCGAGCGCAGCCAGAAAAUACAAGAGGAACUGAGAGGGAAAGAAGACGAUAAAAUUUACCGUGGUAUUAACAAUUACCAGAAAUAUGUGAAGCCCAAAGACACAUCAAUGGGAAACGCCUCUUCAGGGAUGGUCAGAAAAGGACCCAUCCGUGCUCCAGAGCACUUGAGGGCCACGGUGCGGUGGGACUACCAGCCAGACAUCUGUAAGGACUACAAAGAAACGGGGUUCUGCGGCUUUGGAGACAGCUGCAAAUUCCUCCACGACCGCUCAGACUACAAACACGGCUGGCAGAUAGAACGGGAACUGGAUGAAGGCCGCUACGGAGUCAAUGAUGAAGAAAACUAUGAGGUGAGCAGUGAUGAGGAGGAUAUGCCUUUCAAAUGCUUCAUCUGCAGAAGUUCCUUCAAGAACCCUGUGGUCACCAAGUGUAGGCAUUACUUCUGUGAGAGUUGUGCCCUCCAACACUAUCGCAAAUCCCAGCGCUGUUAUGUGUGUGACAAGCAAACCAAUGGAGUCUUCAACCCAGCAAAAGAGCUCAUGGCAAAAUUGGAAAAACACAAAGGAGAGGAGGAGGAGGAAGAGUUGUCAGACCGCUCAGACCACGGAGAAGACCCACACUAGCAAAGCACUCUGUUUUGUAUGGAGCCGAAUAAAGUUUUCAUGGGAAGAAUGCACUGAUCACAGCACUUGCCUUUAGGCCAGCAGCUGCAGCCAUGAGUUGUUCAUCCAACCAGAGGUUGUUAAAAUGGGGGCAUGAGUGGUGCCAGUCUUUGUUGGCUGCUCUGUGGAGGCACAGGACAGAACGGGUAAGCUGAGAGUUGUCCUCUCUGCCAUCAGUAGGACCAUACAAGGGCAUGGGGAGGGAGGGGCUGAACUCUGUUCAGUUGCUUUUGACAAGGUGUUGCCAUUUAUUUUACUCUUGACUUGGCAAUUAUCUUGCUUGUGUCCCGCCACCUAGCUCUGGAACCAUAAAAAAGUACCCUGAAGUUACAGGGAGCUAUCCUAAAAUUUAAGUCCAUAAAAUAUGAUCAUGUCAAAUGCUGAAAGCACAGAGAUGAAUGAAAACCAUUCACAUGCACCACGUUUAUCUGUCACUCUGGAAAUGCUGUUUGGGAAGUAAGCCAGACUUCUGCAGUUAGUUGUGAUUUAUUACAGCUCAGAGGAGCGUAUUCCCUCCUGUCUUUUCCGCUGCCUCCUGGUGUCUACAAGUCAAGAGCUAAAAGUCACAUCAAGAAGGCUUUAGAACUUCAGUGGGUGAUACCACUGUGGAAUCAUCCCUUGGGGAGGAAGCCAGCAGCUGCAGCACGUCCCCAACACUGUCCCCAAGGUUUUAUGCUGUCAGUGGUACUUCUCUUCAUUAUUUUUCCCCUGCUGCAAGUACCAGUAACUAUCUCUGUCCAGGCUUGUGGGACAGGGAUAAGAAUUUUGGCAAGAAGCAAACUUCAUAAUGGCUGAACUGCAAGAUGCAACUUCCUAAGUAUGGGAUUGAGAAGAGCAUAAGCUUGCACAGCUUGUGGCAUCACUGCUGUGAUCACUCCUCUCUCACCUUGCAGAAACAGCAGGCUUACAAACAUCAGAAAUAUUUUAUUUGUUUUGGCAAAAAACUAGAGUAACAAACUUUAUCUGGGUUCAAGUAGUUUACAAACAGAAGGACCUGUUGUCAGCACCACUCCUCCCAUCAACCACACUUACAGGAUUGGAGUCUCAGUGCUUCACUUGAGAGUGGAAAGAGCUCCAGCACCCGUGGUCCUUGGAAAGGUCAAACUAAAAGCCUUAAACACACCUCCAAAACCAAAUACUCCGGGCUGGGGGAGAGCUGCCACAGCCAGGGAUGAAGGGAAGCUGUGUGAAAAGCAAGCAAAGGAUUUUCUUUAAAUCUGUUGUUCAUUCAGGGAUGAUGGUACAGCAGUGGCAAUAGAGGGCUUAAGAUCAUUCUGUACGUAACAUUCAAAGAGGUGGCGUGAAUAAGAGGAUUUUGUGUAAAAAUUACUUUUCCUCCAUGCCAAGUCACUGAGAACAGGCUGGUAUGAAUAUUCUAUGCUGUGAAAGCAGCCCAGCUAACAGAAGGCAGAGCUGGCUGUGCUGUGGGAGGUUACAAGAGCUGGUACGUUGCACAGAAUUACACACUAGAAUUUGAUGACCCAGGCAGCCAUGGGAGGAGAGGUGGGGAUGCCAUCCGACCUGGAGCUCAGAGCACACAGCCUCAGCUGAGAGGAGUCUUUAAAGCUCUCUCCGGAACAAGAGCAGAGCUCAGUACUGCAGAGAAACGCCCAGCGCAGUGAAUGUGCCCACAACAGCAUGGGCUGAUCUUCUGCUUCUCGUUUUCCACCAUAAAGAAGUGAUCAAGCUUAAGAACGCGCUCCUUUCCCCACCCUCGGAAGUUACCCAGUAACAACACUGUAACACAGAUCUGGCUAGCUCUAAGAAAAUGUCCAAAACUAAGAACUGCUUUCCUCCCCUUCACUCUAAGGCACCCUUUAAAAAAAUAAAAAUAAAAAAAUAGGGUCAUGCAGCCUUCACCUGUGAUAUAAGGAAGCCAAUCAUUUUUAGAAACAGGGAAAGAGACCAUAACUGAACAGAUUCAACCCAUUCCAGUGUUCUCUUGAUGCUCAGCUGCAAGAACUGGGAUAUGGGGUACUGCACCAACCGGAACACUCCACAGCUCUGGUCUGUCCGUUUGUUUCCAGGCUUCUUUCCAAGUAAACAGGCAGCUGAAGUUCCUUCCCAAGGACCUGUAAACUCUUCUAUGUGUAACAUUCAUCACCUUUUAUGAACAGGAACAAUAAAUUACAAUGUCCAGAAAGCUCCUCCAGAACCAAGUGCAGUCUUUGUUUUUCUAGAAUUCCCAGUCAUCCACA